UGUGGAUCCGAUGAGGCUGUAACAGUUCCCAAAUCCUUCAGAGAGGGCAGUCUGGCCACACUGACUUCCACCGUAGCCUACUUCCGUUUAGUCCACUUCAUUGCGUUCUAUCGGACUGUAGGAGAGUUUUCACUGCCUAGGGCUCUGAGAAUCCCACUCUAGGCGAAGCAUGCAGAGUUUCCAAGCUGAAACAAAACUAAUUACGAGCUACAUAUUGUUCUAAAAUACGAUCUUCUGUCGAAAUCCAUUUUUUGACUAAAUUUUUCCACCGUCGAGAAUGAAAAGGCAAAAUUCAUGGCAAGACGGCAUCGCAAGACUUUUUAAAUCAGAUGAUUCUGACAAAACGGCAAAAGAGAGUGGUACCACUGGCCUGGAAAAGGAGACUGCAUUUGAGAGGAGAGAUGAUGAUCCAUAUGACAAUGAUCUGGACAUGUCAAAGAGCCAAGAAGGCAGCAAAUGCAAUCAUCCGAACUCAUCACGACACAUUGCCUUCCAGGGCUGUGAAGGGGAAGAAGGAGCAAUUUGUAAUAAUCGGGACACGCAGGAGGCGAGUGUGCCGGACAAUGAGGCGGGCUCUUUGUGGGAACUCCCUGACAGGCAGUCUCCUCUCGGCCUGGCCAAAUCCCUGGGGCCCGGCUCACCUGCGCCCCCCUCAGAUUCAUUUCUCAAAAGACUUGGGAGUCUGUUCCACUUCUUCUCCAAAGCAGAAACGAGAGUACCUCAGCUCGAGCCAAAUUCAGCCGCGCUGUCAGAGCCCGGAGGAAUAACAUGCGAAGCAGACAGAAGCCAGCAGCCCAGUGACACUACCAUCGGGCAGCCCAGUGACACUACCAUCGGGCAGCCCAGUGACACUACCAUCGGGCAGCCCAGUGAGACUACCAUCGGGCAGCCCAGGGGGGGCGACGUGGGUCCCCAGUGUCAGGAGAUGGACAAACCACCCAGCGAAGACUCUGCUGACAUGGCAGAGGAGACAGCCAUAGUAAAACCAUCUGAACCAGCGGAACAGACACCAGAGAGUUUACCGUCUGUGGAUGAAGAUCACGGGACGGCACGGGAACAAGCUGCAGACCAUCGGAUGUCGAGAGAACACCCUGACGAGGGCCAGCAGCAGGCCUUCGAGGGUCCAGCAGUCAUCACACACACAACCUACAGAGGCCAGAAGGAGGUCAGAAAGAUGCGGAGGAGACAACCCUUGCAGAUCUACUCUCCCAUCUCCGAGGGCGAUGAGAGCCAUGUCAGCAGGUCGAGUGUCUCCAGCGAGGGUGUAGGAAGCCCUCACCCUGCUUCACCCUCCUCGGAUCAACUCAACCCACAGCGGGACACCCAAUCAGCUGUGGAGCUCACAGGUGUGCGCUCAGAGCAGACUGAGUGUUUGCCUCCACAGGAGGAUCAUCUAGAGCCGUCUUCACAGGCUGCUGAUGUCCAGUUAGCCGUUGCCCAAGAUGCUGCCGCCCGCACACACAAGGUUGAGGAUGCUCCUUUUGGGCAUCAAGGUUGCCAAGAGGUUGCCUCUCCUUGUGCGCCAGUGCCUGGCGUUACGAACUGUGAGGAGAAUAACUGUUUGUUGGACACAAAUACGAGCCUGGAGGUCCAGUUAUCUGGUCUGCCUGUUGGUCUGGGGGACUGUAGUCAGGACACAUCAGAGGGUGAGGGUGCACUAGUGCUGGGGGACUGUAGUCAGGACACAUCAGGAGGUGAGGGUGCACUGGUGCUGCCCCUGCCUCUGGGGGACUGUAGUCAGGACACAUCAGGAGGUGAGGGUGCAGUGGUGCUGCCCCUGCCUCUGGACGAGGAGAGUCUGCGCUGUGAAUCAAAAGCCAUGGUUGAUAUCAUACUGAAGAAUGCUCUGACUGCACUGCAGAAAAUAGAGACGUCUGAACGAGACAGUGACGUUCCUCACGAGGCCGAUGUUGAGUGUGAACCCUUUAUAUAUGCAGGAGCAAGACAUGGAAUAUACCAGAAAGAGGACUAUGAAUUUAAAGAUGCUACGCAAGAACUGGAGGAUAAACAUGUUGCGUCCACACAUGUGGAUGACCAAGUCAUCUCCAGUAGAGCACAGGGGGAAGGGAGCAGGUCCACCUUCUCGUCAGGCUAUGAGUCCAUCGCAGGGUCAGACACAGAUAUACGGUGUAGUCCUGCUCAAAGCUUUGAAGGGAGUCCUUUAGCUCUUUCAACCAGCGGUCAGCAGGUUGAAUCUCCUUCUUUGGCGAUGCCUGAAAUGACAGAUUCUUACAAAGGAAAGGUAACGGGAGAUACUGAAUCUGAAAACAGAGACAAUGACAAUGAAAAUGGUAAGCUAAUAAGAAAGGCAAUGUUUGAAGAGGAAGAUAGAGACUCUGAAGGUUGUGUAGCAUUUGAACCCAAGCUGAAAGGCUUAGGAACUGUGACAUUUGAGGUAGACGGCCUAUACUCUAACCCUUGCCUUGGAAGUGAACCUGAAGUGGAAGAUGGUAACACAGAAGUCCGACCAAAGCCCUCUCAACAUUCAAAGCAAUCAGUCGAAAUUCCACCAGUUUCACAUUUCACUAUUCAGAGUGGAUCCAAUCAUGAUGCAAACAAUACACUUGUGGACUUUAAAGUCAUUUUGAGCACAGAAGAUGCAAACACAGAUUCUGAAUCUUUUAGUUUAGCAUGUAAGCCUGAAGAGGUUCAGAGUCAGGAAGUUGGGAGACCAAAGCCCUUGCAAGUUGCACCGCAGUCAUUAGAAAGCCAUAGUUUUAAAGGCAAGGCCAUGACGGAGCCCACUUGUUUUAGCCAAAGUGAAUCUAAGCCAGAGUGGAGUUCAGUAAAGGCACAUUGGUGCCUCGUCUCUGAAGACCAGUUGCAGAAUUCUGAAACGUGUGUUGAAGCCACAGUUCUGGAUGUUAAAGAGAGUUUAAGAACAUUCAUAGCCCAUUCUGAGGGCAAACAUGAUGUGGAUAUUGAUCAGUCAGCCAGCUCAAUCAGUCUGUUGCUCUCGCCACCUCAACCUUUCCUCAACUCAGGCGUUCCUAUCAUCGGUGACCAGGAGGAGGAAAUGGAUGCAAUAUUUGUUAACGACACGGGACCCAUGGAGAGACCCGCAGCGCGGAGAGAAAAGACCUAUCCUUUCUCCCUCUCUCCCAUCUUCGAGGAGGAGGAGAGCCUGCAGGGGCCGCCGGCCACAGAGGAGGAGCUGAAGAGUGCGGAGCAGCAGACCUGCUCCAUCCUGUCCCUCCUGCAGUCGGUGAGCGAGCGGCUCCAGUCGAGUGCCUUCACCGACAGUGACCCUGAGACGACAUGCACAGACUCCACGGACGCUUUCCCCUGUCCACGCUGGGGCAGCCUCUCUGACAAAGAGGACGUAGAUGAGGUGGACCAUUUCAUUGAUCAGGACGCAACACUCCCCCCUAACACCUUAAAGGACCAUUUCAUUGAUCAGGACGCAACACUGCCCUCUAACACCUUAAAGGACCAUUUCAUUGAUCAGGAUCCCACACUUCCCUCUAACACCUUAAAGGACACGGCUGAGAUACUACACGGCUGCAUAGAACAAACAAUCAGUGGAGUAUCUCAUGAAGCCCUUGAAGAGAGUGGUGGGGUGACUACCCUGUCCACACCUAAAAGGAGUGCCAGCAGCCCAUAUUACGAGUGUCUGCUGAAGUCUAACCCAACACCGUUGCCUCAGGAAGAGAAUAUUAGUGGUGGAAACCUGUCAAAAGCAUCGGUCAAGGGGGAACAGCUAAGCCCUAGAAGGAUCAUCCCAAGACCCUCUGUGAUGCAUAUCUAUGAUGGUGUGACAUUCUCUGGAGCGAAGCGAACAUUCUGUGGCGAUGUGGUGGACACGGAAGGAAUGACCUUCAAGACCGGAGUCUCUAUACGAGUGCUGACAGGAUGCUGGCUGCUGUAUGUGGAGCCGGGGUUCCGAGGGUCCUGUGUAGUCCUGGAGGAAGGGGAGAAGGUGCUGACCUGCGGGGAGGGGGAGCUGAAGGAACACAGCACUGAUUCUACAGGCCAAGUCUCCAUUGGAUCCAUUCGAACAGUCGUUAAGGAUGAUGGUAUUCCUGAAAUCCACUGUCAUGGAGAGGGUGAAUCCCCAGUUGUCCUUCAUUCCCAGAUCGGGAAUCUGGAGGCUGUCCAGUUAUCUAAUCUUGCUGUCAAGUCUGGAUGCUGGCUGGCAUACGAGCUGAAUGGGUUCAGGGGUCAUUCUGCUGUUUUGGAAACGGGAGGAAAAACAACACAUGGACCCGGGUCACUUGAUGUCACGCAUGCGAGAUCACUGCGUCCGCUGAUGAGGGGAGGGCCCAAAGUCACAAGACUGCUGGAUCCCAAGAUGGUGCUCUAUGAACUCCCCCAUUUCCAAGGCCGGUGCAGGGAGCUGGGGGCCCACGUGCCCUGGGUGGAGGGGCUGCCCACGGUCUCCUCGCUGCGAGUCCUCAGCGGAAUAUGGGUGGGGUACUCCAGAGAACAGUACCGAGGCCAGCAGUGUUUGCUGGAGGAGGGUGAAUACGGUGACUGUCAGGAGCUUGGCGGGUCGGAUCAUGCUCUCCUCUCCUUCCGCUUUCUACUGGCAGAUUGUAUUGAACCAGCCAUCUCGUUGAGGAAUGCUCACUGUCCUGACACUCAUCCUAUGGACAUAGUUGACCUGGAUGUUCCCGAUGUGGAGAAAGGAGGCCCCGACCCAGCACCCGCUUCCAUUCGUGUCAAGAGUGGAGUAUGGGUUGCAUACAGUGGGAAGUUCUUCUCUGGGGACCAGUACAUCCUGGAGAAGGGCCUGCACUCGGGUCCUCUGGACUGGGGCCACUGCAGUGGUGAAGUCAUGUCAAUCAGGCCGGUCCGGAUGUCUGCUGGAAGCAGGGAGCCAAAGUACCUGAUUCGGGCCUACAGUGAGCCCCACUUCAGCGGUGACCAGGGCGAGUACGAGUCGAAAGCAGCCGACUGCAGUGCUCUUCAUCCCGUGUCAUUCAGGGUGAUCCAUGGAAGUUGGGUGCUGUUCGAUGAAGAGGACUGCUCCGGGAACCAGUUUGUGCUGUCGGAAGGCCUCUAUCCCAACCUCACCUCAUGUGGCAGUGAGGGAUCAGCCAUCAAAUCCCUCAAGCCAGUUCCAUAUUGUUUUUCAGAUCCAUCCAUUAGGCUGUACUCCCUGGACUCUUUUGAAGGCUUGGAGACCGAGGCCGUUACCACUAUGGAUGGCAUGAAUGGCUUUUUCACUCAGUCUCUCCGGGUCAACGGUGGACUAUGGGUGGUGUAUGAGUACAGUAACUUUAAAGGCCGCCAGAUGCUCCUAACGACAGGGGAGUACUCCAUGUGGACUGAGCACAGCGGCUGGGACACCAUUGGCUCUCUUCAGCCUCUUGGACGGCCAAAAGCUUACGUUCAGUUGAGAAACCGGGUUCUAGGCUCAUUACUGACUGCAGAAGAGACUCAGGACAGGGACUCUCCAGCCAAGGUGUCUCUAAAACCUGCCAAGUCAUUGGACUGUCAACAGUGGAUCUUUACUGAUGGACUCCUCAAGUGCAGGGUGGGGAAGGCUUGCAUGUCUGUGAUUGGUGGGAAGGCUCAGGUAGGGGCCCGAGUGGCCCUUUGGCCCCAGCACGGACGCACACACCAGAGGUGGAGUCUCAACCAAAAUGGGACCAUUUCCUCACAUCUCAACCACAGCCUUGUGCUGGACGUAAGAGGUGGGAAUGGCAUUGACAGGGACCACUUCAUCGUCAAUCAGUUGUCAGCGGGUCCGUCGACACAGUACUGGGACAUGGAGUUGGUGUAGUCAGCGGGUCGGUCGACACAGUACUGGGACAUUGAGUUGGUGUAGUCAGCGGGUCGGUCGACACAGUACUGGGACAUUGAGUUGGUGUAGUCAGCUGGUCAGUCGACACAGUACUGGGACAUUGAGUUGGUGUAGUCAGCGGGUCAGUCGACACAGUACUGGGACAUUGAGUUGGUGUAGCCUGUUCUUACUAUUACUGUCUUUUAUUAUUGAAGCACAUUUGCACCUCCAUGAGUUUCGCUUUAAAAGCGACCUUUUAAUGCGGGUUCACCCUUCCCUCUAUGAAACUUGGGAUGGAAAGGAUUUUUUUUCAACCUUGAUGUCAUGGAAGAUCCUCGGGACAAAAGCAGAGGAUUAUUUCAAAACGUCCCUGCCGUCAAGACUAAAGACCAAGACUAAAACCUCAAGCGUGUAUAUUUUUCAGGAAAAGGUCAUCUCACUGGACUUAAAGAUGUAUAUUAUUAAUAUUAUAUAAUGUUAAAUUUGUGUAUAAAUAAGAAAAUAUUCAAUCACAGGUCACAUAUGUGUUACUGUAACUAAUAAAGUGCCAAUAGACUGA